AUGGCUUCUCGAUCUCCGACGGUGGGCACCCCACUGCUAAAGUCCUCGGUAGCACCCGAGACGCCCUCGAAAGACGCGACUGCACCAGCACCACAAACAGUACCUUUCCCUUCACCACAGACCUUUGAGAUCAUCCCACCACUGCAUGGAAUUCUCUCUCGCUUGUUCUCCCCUAAAGGAGACGAAGCUGGUUCAUCGGGAGCUCCCGGGGAGACAACAGAAGCACCAGGGGCUUCCCAGGCACAAUCCCAACAAGCACCCUCAAGCGUACCUAGUGGUGCGGUGCCAGGAGUACCAGUUCUCAACCCGAGCGCCAAUCCCUCCCUCGAUGUGAAAACCCUUCCUACGGCAACCAGCUCUGUCAGGAUUCGAAUCCAGAAGGCUCGUACAGUUGUUGAAGGGCUGCCAGAUGUGCAUCGCUCUGUCGAGGACCAACAGAUGGAGAUUGCAGAGCUGGAAGACCGUUUGAGACGUUUACGCUCUGUCAUCUCUGACUUCGGGAACCGAGCAGGGAUGCUACAUGAUGACAAUAUGAGGACCGUGGAAGCCUGA